AUGAUCUUAGUAACAGUUCGCCCUCUUCUCCUUCCUUGUCUGUCUCCAUCCCCCUUAACCCUUACAUCUGAGAGUUUGUUAGCUCUAGACCUUCAACAAUUUGCCAUUUUGUGUCAUUUCCUUUUCCAUUAUCUUUCGAAUUCUUCUUCAUCAACCACUGCUUCUGUUUUCCUUCUUCGUACCUCAAUCAACAAUUCCUCUUUUUUUCGUAGCUCUUUCUUCUUCUUCAUAAUUCUUCUUUACGAUAUCUUUUUUCCUUCUUUGUUAAGCCUUCAGCUCUUUUUUGUGUUAGUCCUUUUUUUAUUUAAGCAAUCCAAUUCUCUUUCAUCAACCACUUUUUCUGUUUUCCUUCUUAAUACAAUCAUCAACAAAUCUUCAUUUCCUCUAUAUCUUUGCUUUUUCACGAUUCUUCUUCAUCGACAUCUUUUUUUUCUUUCAAUGUCAAGCCUUCAACCCUUUUCUGACCUUCAACCCUUUUCUUCUGAAAAUCUACCUUCCUUCUUUCCAAUUCUCUUUCAUCGACCAACAUUUCUCUUUUUCCAUUUUUUAUACCCAAAUCAACAAUUCUACUUUUUUCUGUAUCUUUCUUUUCUUCUUCAUCGACAUCUUUUUUCUUUCAAUUCAACCCUUUUCGACAUCUUUUUUUUCCAAUUUCAAUUUUUUCUUUUCCAUUUUAUACCCUUCAACCUCUUUCUUUUCUUCUUCAUCGACAUCUUUUUUCUUUCAAUGUUCAACCCUUUUCUGAGUCAAAUCUUUUCUUUCCAAUUCUCUUUCAUCGACCACUUUUCUCUUUUCCAUUUUUAUACCCAAAUCAACAAUUCUACUUUUUCUCUUCAAUUCUACCUUCCUUCUUUCCAAUUCUCUUUCAUCGACCACUUUUUUUCUUUUCCAUUUUUAUACCCAAAUCAACAAUUCUACUUUUUCUCUCUUUUUUUUUCACGAUUCUUCUUCAUCGACAUCUUUUUUUAUUUCAAUGUUAAGCCUUCAACCCUUUUCUUUAUCAAUUCUACCUUCCUUCUUUCCAAUUCUCUUUCAUCGACCACUUUUUCUCUUUUCCAUUUUUAUACCCAAAUCAACAAUUCUACUUUUUUCUCUCUUUCUUCACGAUUCUUCUUCAUCGACAUCUUUUUUUUCUUUCAAUCCUUCAACCCUUUUCUGAGUCAAUUCUACCUUCCUUCUUUCCAAUUCUCUUUCAUCGACCACUUUUUUAUCUUUUCCAUUUUUAUACCCAAAUCAAAAAUUCUAUUUUUUCUCUUUUUCUUCACGAUUCUUCUUCAUCGACAUCUUUUUUUUUUUCAAUUCAAUUCUACCUUCCUUCUUUCCAAUUCUCUUUCAUCGACCACUUUUUCUCUUUUUUCAUUUUUAUACCCAAAUCAACAAUUCUACUUUUCUCUCUCUCUUUCUUCACGAUACUUCUUCAUCGACAUCUUUUUUUUUUCAAUGUUAAGCCUUCAACCCUUUUCUGAGUCAAUUCUUCCUUCCUUCUUUUUUUUCUUUUUUAAUUCUCUUUCAUCGACCAUUUUUCUCUUUUCCAAUUUUAUGCCCUCAUCAAAAUUCUAUUUUUCUCUCUCUCUUUCACGAUUCCUUUCAUCGACAUUUUUUUUCUUUCAAUGUUCAAGCCUUCAACCCUUUUCUGAGUCAAUUCUUUCUUCCUUCUUUUUCAUUCUCUUUCAUCGACCACUUUUUUCUUCAUCGACAUUUCCAUUUUUUAUACCCUAA